AUGUUGCGGGAAGCAGAGGCAGCCGAUCGCUGGACAGCGAAGAUCCUUGCUUACCCAUGUUUCGACCAUGGGUUUCGCCAGGCAAUCGUGGCGACCCGGCUGGCGGAGAUCCCUUUUGUCCUUUCGAUGGACGCCGGGACGCCCGAGCAGUUCGCCGCAGUGUCUCUCAACUGGACGGCCAGCUCGGCCAAGUCGGAGCACGACCUCCUGGCUCCGAGGACCCAAAUGCUCGAGCAGUAUUGGGUCUUCGUGAAGGCGGCGGAAUCGCUCUUUGUCGAGUCUCUCGGCUACCAGAUGGGCUUUGCUCGCUGCUCUAAGGUGCCUAGAGAACGUUCUGCAAAGUCGAUCGCACACUUUCAGCGGGAGAUGGCCAUCCGAGCUCUAGCUGCACCAGUUCUGGCUCCUUCGGCUAAAUCGAGGCUGCCGGCAAGCUCUUCUUCUCCCUCGGCAACUCCACUGCUCGACUUGGAGAAUGCCGAGAAACAGAAAUGGGCUAAGCGCCUGAAGGCGAUCGCCGAUCGGGCCGGCGAACACGCUCGGCGGCCCGAAGGGGUGCACGAUGCUGAAGGGAUGCUUUCGGAAGAGGAACGCGCUCGCCUUCGGCUGUUGGUUUUCACCUCGGGGGCGCCUUCUACCAUGGCAAACCACAUUCGUAGGUUCGAGAAGUUCGAAGUGUGGGCUCGGCACGUGCCGCUCCCCUUCUACCCUAUCUCGGACGACAAGAUCCUGAAGUACGCCAUGGAGCUCGACUCGAGGGAGUGCGGCCCGACUGUUCUUCCUUCGCUCCGCAUGGCUCUGAAAUGGGUGGCCUUUCGGAUCAACCUCAAGCUUCCCUCGAUCGAGACGGCGGAGCUAAAGGCGCUUGAGAAGGAGAUCUUCACACAGCGAGGGCGACCGCUGAAGCUCACCCUGAAGCGGCGCGGCACCAAGUUCAUGGUUCCAGACGUUGCUUUUUCUAAAGUGGCUUGGUUCAAGAUCGGGAGUGACUUGUUCGAUUCGCAAUUCCCGCUCGUGGAAGGCGACUUCUGGAUCCCCGAGCUCGACACGAAGGAGCGCUGGCGCCAGACUCCCCCUGAGUACGCUCGCUCUCUCCAGUGGCUCCACCACCUGGUCUGGCUUGCGGGGUUCUCUCUUCCAGCGAAAAUGAUCAAGGAGUUGGUGCAGGAGGUCUCGCGCGAGUUCGUGCCCCUCUGUGCUCAAGAGGAUGACACGAUCGAGGACGCAGAGGCUAAGACUCGCAAGAAUCGCGCUCGCCGGCAGAAGGAAAAGGAGUUGCUCAAGCAAGCUCGUGCAGAGCGCGAUCGUCGGCCGCCGCCGUGGGAUCUUUGGGCGGAGGUGCCCCAGGAUCCGGACACGAUUCGUGAGCUCGGUCCCUGGUGCCUCGAGAUCUUUGCCGGGUCUGCUGGUCUCACCGCUGCCUGGAAACGUCACGGUCUUAAGACUUUGCCGCCGAUCGACAAGUGCACCGCCGAGCUCAUGCUGGAGUCGAUCGACUUGCUGGACGCACAGGUCUUCGAUUGGCUGCUCUUGCUGUGCCGUAUGGGGGCGAUCGUCUAUCUGCACUUGGGCGUUCCCUGCGCCACGUUCAGUGUGGCUAGGGAUCGGCCUGGAGGACCUCCCCCCUGCGAUCGCAAGCGCUGCCACUUGGCUGUGGUCCAAGCUGGUGGGGAUGCUUCGAUCGAGAACCCGAGGGAUAGUCUGAUUUGGCAGGUCCCUCAGGUUCAGCAGCUCAAAGUUCGUCUUCACCUCUACAACGUCGAUCUCGAUCAGUGCGAGUACGGUGGACAUGUUCAUGAGCCUCUUCGCGGCGUCACGAGGUCGGAGACCGGCCAGCAGAUCUUCAAGACUAAGGCGGCUCAGGUCUACCCCCCGGCGCUUUGCAACGCGUGGGCGAUCGCCGUGGCCGCGAUCGUGCAGCAGUCGGCCCAGCAGUUCGCCGCUUCCUUUGCUCUCACAGCUCCGUCGGCAGAACGCAAGCGAUCUUUGGGAUCCCAGAUUGCUUGGAAAGGACAUCGCCAAUCCGCUGCUGCUCGGCUGGCGGCGACUAGCGGCUAUCAGCUCAAACGUGGUGCCGCCAAGCCGCUGCUCGACGUUGAGUGUGAGCCAGGUCAAGCAAUCCAAUGGUCUCUUCAGGUUCGGCACCCAUUCACCGUGCAGCCGGCGCUCCCCGACAAAAUCGUCGACAACAUCAAGUUCAUUGUCUCCUCCCCGCAGGCGCUCGUGGCUCGCCGUUCUGAGCGCCUUCAGUUCUGGCAGCGGCGUGCGCUCACGCUGCUUCCAGAGACCGAUCGCAUUUUGCGGUCGAUCGCCGACGCUCCUCUUCGUCGGCUUCUUCGUGGUGCUCCGGAUUAUGCUGAUCUGCAGCUGGGCUCUUGCACUCACGUGGCGCUCUACGACGAGCUCUUCGCGGCGAUCGGCUGCACGGAUCAUCAAAUUCUCCAGGGCAUUCGCAGUGGCUUCCCGAUCGUUGGCGAAAUCCAGCGAUCGGGGCGCUGGCCGCCGUUCACAAAGCCACAGCGGUCAGUGCCUGUGCAGGAAGCUCUGGAUCGGGAGGGUGCCUCCGGGCGGAAGUCUAUGGCUUCGCUGGAUUCAGAAGAGGCUGCGAAAGAGGACCGGAACGGUGGAAUUGAGCACGGUGAUUCUCGCCUGUCCGGGAUGGCGGGGCUGAGCCAAGCCGAGAUCCGUGCCAUAAGGCACCGGCUGCGGGUGAGAUUGGGCCAGAUCUCAUCCAUGAAGCUCGUUUCAGGGAAGAAUCUGCACGAUGCCGUGUCCGGCCUGGGAUUGACCAGCUACACGGUCGAGGACAUGAAUGAUUUCGUCAACCACCUGGCAACAUUUGUUGGCCUGGACUUCGAAGAUCUGCCGGAAGAGAAGGGCUGGGGUGGCGCGAUCGGCAUGGACUCGAUGUCGACCGGUAUCAGCAUGUUUGGCUUCGGGGCGGCGAGCGAGAGGCAAAAAGACUUCAGCGAGCCGAUCUGGGAAUGGCCCACCCUCAAGGUGCUCAUCGAGGUCAUGAUGGCACAAGAAGGCACUUGGAUUCAUGACAUCCAUAAGCGGAUCUUCGGUGCGAAGUUGCUUCAGCAGUUCAAGGCUAUCAAAGAAAUUCUGCUCGCUGGCGACACGAAUCGCUUGGUGGCAGAACUCACAUUCGUCCGCAUCAACGAUCUGGCAGCACCACCCGACGAAGUCAGCUUGUUGACCUACCUGGAGCCUUUCGUCGGCCUGGUUAUUGUGGCGAAUGGCAUCAUGAUCGGUUUUCAAACAAGCCUCGAAUACGAGAACUGGUCUGGCUGGGUCUAUGUGGAGGUCGUUUUCGCCUGCAUUCUGCUGCUGGAGCUUCUACUGCGCCUCCGACUGCUCAAGUGCCGCGACUUCUGGUGCGGUGCUGAGAGGCUGUGGAACUGGUUCGAUGCCUUUUUGGGUGCAAUGGCCAUCACAGAUGCUGCGCUGCAGCUGAUUUGGCAGGCAAGCACAGAGAUGGACGGCGCCAACCUGUUGCGUUUCUGCCGACUGCUGCGUUUGGCGCGGAUUGUGAAAGUUUUCCGUCUCAAAUUCAUGAGAGAUUUGCGCCUCAUGAUCAAGGGACUUGUUGCCGGAGUGUGGACCCUGUCCCUGGCAUUCUUGUUGCUCGCUGCAGUUCUCUACGUCAUCGCUGGAUUCACCACAGUCGCUAUGGGGCGCAAUGCUCGGCUUCGCGAACUAGGACUCCAAGUGUAUUUCUCCAACAUACCAAUGUCUAUGUUUACAGCCUUCCGAUGCUUUACUGGCGAGUGUGUCACUGAUGAAGGUCGAUCAAUCCCAUCAAUUCUGACGGACGAGUUCGGCGUGCCCUUUGUGGCGUGCUACGUUGCGAGUUACAUGCUCGUGUCGAUGGGCAUUUUCAACGUUAUCUUGGCAGUUUAUGUGGAUAUCACGAUGAAAGCGGCAAAGGAGAACGACGCGGUCAGUGCAGAACAGUACGCUCGAGAGUCCAUCCGCAUCGCACGUGCAACCCGUGAGUUGCUGAAGAAGUUUGCUGCAGCCCAUCACAUUUUUCAUGAGACGGAGGAUCAUCAUGUGGACAUGUCAAAACUGACGCUGACACCGUCUGCUACUUUGCUCACAGACGAUGAGAUCCACGAGAACAUCCAGAUUACGAAGGACCUUUUCCUGCUGGUGAUCCAGGAUCGAGGCGUGCAGGCUCUCCUGGAUGAAUUGGAGCUACCCCAAGAGCGAGCACGGCUCUUCGAGGUCAUCGAUGCCGACGGUAGCGGCACGCUCCAUAUUGCUGAGCUGGUCCAUGGUUUGCUGAAGAUCCGCGGCGAGGCCAACAAGAGCGAUCUUGUUGCACCGCUGCUGGCGACCCAGUCCGUCCAAAACAUGGUCGCCGGCCUGAGAGAUUCGACGAGCACCGCCUUGGAGGCCAUGCAGGCCGAAGUUCUUCGUCAGCUGCAGGAGCUUCCACGGCGGAUCCAUCUGCAGAGUACCUCCCAUGGCACUUGCUCUUGUCCAAGGGUGCAGGCCACAGAGGCUACAAGAUCGGGGAUCUUGAGCCAACCACCAAGCCUGGGAGCCAAAGGGUUGGACGUGAAACCGCCGCGACAGCCGCGAGUCGUUGAGAGAGACGAGGAGCCCACUCCACACGAGCAAAGCUCCGCGGGGUAG